AUGACUCGCUGCCGUCAUGUCAAGCAGAUGUUUCAUGAGGAUGAAAGUUUGAGAAGCGUUACCAGUGCAACAGAGAACCAAGAUCUCGAUAACCUCAUCAAAGUCAAUCCAAGUUCUUUCACAAGUGACAAGGAAGAUGAGGACCUUGGUGAUCACACUGAAGUAAAGUCUGCUGAUGACCAAAGUAAAAAGCGGAUAACUAAGCAAACAUAUGAAAAUCCUCCAAGGGCUCAAAAUAAUCUCCCAGAAACAAACUACUCCAGUGACAGUGAAAGAAAGACCAGCAAAUCAUCGUACGGUGCCUAUGAAGAGAAUAUAACUGGAAAUACUAUCAAAACUGUUUACUCUACUUCUGAUCGGAGUAUAAUUGGAAAAGAUAUAUGUACAUACUGCAGAAAGCCCUUGGGCAUAGAUGCCAAAAUGAUCUUAGAUGCCUUGCAAAUUUGCUGUCAUUCAACUUGCUUCAAGUGUGAAGUAUGCAAAAGACCACUGGAAGAUCUGAAAGCAGGAGACAGCAUUUGGAUUUACAGACAAACUGUGCAUUGUGAGCCUUGCUAUUCCAAAGUUAAAG